CAAACGUAUUGCAUCAAAUAUGGAGUUUGGAAGCACUGAAGAUGGAAGGCAUGACAAGUUUCCUGUAGGAAUGAGGGUUCUUGCUGUGGAUGACAAUCCAACCUGCCUUCGGAAACUCGAAGAGUUGCUGCUUCGUUGCAAGUAUCAUGUGACAAAGACAAUGGAGUCGAGGAAAGCUCUGGAAAUGCUGAGAGAAAACAGCAACAUGUUUGAUCUGGUGAUAAGCGAUGUAGAGAUGCCAGACACGGAUGGUUUUAAGUUGCUUGAAAUUGGUCUUGAAAUGGACCUUCCUGUCAUCAUGUUGUCAGCUCAUAGCGACUAUGACAGCGUUAUGAAAGGUAUUAUACAUGGCGCUUGCGAUUAUCUGGUCAAGCCUGUUGGACUCAAGGAGCUUCAGAAUAUAUGGCAUCAUGUUGUGAAGAAGAACAUUAAAUCUUACGCAAAACUGCUCCCACCUUCUGAAUCUGAUUCCGUCCCAAGCGCCAGCAGGAAACGGAAAGACAAAGUCAAUGACAGUGGUGAUGAAGAUGACAGUGACAGAGAAGAGGAUGAUGGUGAGGGGAGUGAACAGGAUGGUGACGGGUCAGGUACGCGGAAGAAGCCACGUGUUGUUUGGUCUCAGGAGCUUCACCAGAAGUUUGUCAGUGCCGUUCAGCAAUUGGGCCUCGACAAGGCUGUUCCCAAAAAAAUACUUGAUCUCAUGAGUAUAGAAGGUCUCACUAGGGAAAACGUAGCCAGUCAUUUGCAGAAGUACAGACUGUACUUGAAAAAGAUAGACGAAGGUCAGCAGCAAAAUAUGACCCCAGAUGCAUUUGGAACAAGAGAUUCAUCUUACUUUCAGAUGGCUCAACUUGAUGGACUUAGAGAUUUUACUGCCGCAAGACAAAUUCCAAGCUCAGGACUCUUAUCGCGUUCCCAUCUCACCAAACUCCAACCCCCUAUGUAUUCAUCGAUAAAUCUCCAAGGAAUGAACUCCUCCAGCUUCAUCCAACAGGGGCAUCACCAGAACUCAAGCAAUUCAGCUAAUCCGUUUGGAACAUAUCACAGUACUCUGUCACCAAGAAUCCAGAACGUGAAUCUGUUUCAGCGAACUUCAUCUCCACUAGAACCCCUCCAGUUUCCUAGAAGCAAGUCAUACAUUGGAGAUUUUAAAGGCUUAGGGGACAGAGCUAUUGGCGGUAGCUUCCUAGAUACUUGUAUGCCAUUUGGUAGCUCUAGCACCUCUUUACCAAGUGCUUCCACCAAUCCUCUAAUGUUGCAAGCAAACUAUACACAACCCCUGCAUAUAGCCUCAGAUGGAAUUCAGCCUUGCAUCGAGGGAACUCCGUCCAACUCUGCCUCCCCAAACAUCAGUUUCCAAGGCUUAUCUAGAUUUCCUGGUCAUAGCUGGCAAGGGAAUUUGAACACAACCAGAUUCCCACCGAGUUCCUUACCACUAAAUCUUGCUUUCUUGCCGGAUCAAGUGACAUGUGCAGGGAACAAUCUGGGAGAUUGUACUUCUUUGGUUUCUGCAGAGAAUCCUGGUGGAGAGAUGCAGUGUGAUCCUCAAUUACUUGGCGGCUUCAUGCAGAACGUGAAUCCGUUAGGCGGACAGAAAUGGGAGCAACAGAACUGCACCAUGCUGAACAAUCCAUUCGGUAACAUUGAGUAUCCUCUACCCGCAGAUAACAUGGUUUUCAGAGACAACAAUUCAACCAGAAGCAAAGGCUUGGAUGAGUCACUGAUGAACCCAAUAGACAACAGUCAAGAGUAUGUUGGAAAAGCUACUACAAUGCUGGAUCCAGAGAUGAAGUCGGGAAAGCCAGAGAAUGACAACCAGCAUGAUGUAUUCGAUGACAUAAUGAAUGAGAUGAUGAAACAGGAGGAGAAUAACGGAAUGGUGCCAGUGGCUACUAGAUUUGGCUUUGAUUCAUUUCCUCCACCUUAGCUAGUCAUCUCUUUCUCUACCAGUUGCAUUAAGUUUCUCCACUUGAGACCAUUUUCAUGUGAUUUUUUUAAAUUUCUUCCCACAUUGUUUCCUCCGACUGUCAAUAGAUCAUAGUACACCAACCUGUUUCAUACUCUCUUUUAUGAAUUGGAAUUGAAAGCGAGCCUGUUACAAAAAUUU